AUGGAGAAAAGCCCGGAGGAAUCCCCCCGCGGCUCGGAAGGCCCGGGUGACUGGCCGCAGGGCCCCUGGAGGGCCGGGGCUCUGCUCGUGGAAACACCUCUGAGCGGACGGAGCUGCCCAUCAGCCCGCGCCUCGCCCCCCUCCGGGGCCCUCUCUGCACCCCGCCGCCCGCCGGGCACAUCUGUGGGCUCGUCCUUGUUCUCCCGACCACCCCGGAAGCAGGCAGGACGGGGACGGGUUGCAAAGGAGGAAAGAGAUCCGGAGGAGAGGGCUGGCCGCAGAAGCCAAGGCGAGGCGGGGCCCAGGGGCCUGGCUGGUUCUGAGGAGGCGAAACUCGGGGCAAAGACGACAGCGACACUCCUGGGGGCUCCCCGGCCUCGUUCUCCGGAGCGGGCGCCGGGCCCUGGGCCCCCCGUGAGGCAGGGCCGGCAUCUCUGGCCCUUCAGCUCGGGCUCUCUGGGCCCGCCAGGGGUCCUCCUUUUAGCCCCACCAGCACUAAAGUGGGUGGAGGCGGCGGGGCCUCAGGAGAGUCUGGAGACCUUUUUGGGCCCCCUGGGGAAGGGGCUGGGAGGGGGCCCGCCCUCCCCCAACGUGUGUGGCUGGCUAAGGCCUGCUCCUUCCCGUUCCCCGUGCAGGGACCCCACUGCUCAGCCUGGGGGGGAGCUGAUGUUCGGGGGGACGGACCCCAAGUACUACGAGGGGGAAUUCACCUACCUCAACGUCACGAGAAAGGCCUACUGGCAAGUGCACAUGGACGCGGUGAAUGUGAAGGAAGACCUGACCCUGUGCAAGGGCGGCUGUGAGGCCAUCGUGGACACGGGCACCUCCCUCAUCACCGGCCCUGUCGAAGAGAUCAAGAUCCUGCACAAGACCCUGGGCGCUACGCCUCUGAUCCAGGGGGAGUACAUGUUCCCCUGCGAGAAGGUGACCAGCCUCCCGGUCGUCUCGUUCCUGCUGGGGGGCAAGAACUUCGAGCUGACGGGCGAGCAGUACGUCCUCAAGAUGAAACAAGCUGGGCAGACCAUCUGCCUGAGUGGCUUCAUGGGUAUGGACAUCCCUCCCCCUGGGGGUCCCCUCUGGAUUCUGGGCGACGUCUUUAUCGGCCGGUACUACACUAUGUUUGAUCGGGACAACGACCGCGUGGGAUUCGCCAAGGCCCGCUGACCACCUGUUGGUGGGGGCCUCGCCACCCCUUGCCUGUCCGCUGGGGUCGGAGGGACUCGCUGCAGAAGAAUGUUGAGAACACGGCCCAGAGAAGCCGUCGUCCCUCCGCCCCAACGAUGCCCAGCGCCCCCUUCUGAGGGCCUCGGAGCCCCCCUGCCCUCUUCUGCCACUUCUGCUCUAGUCUGAGGCUUCUAGGUCUCAGGCCCCCCCAUCCCCACUGGCCCCCCUCCCCCAGCAGGCCAGGACCAAAGCUGCUGCUCUUUUGGUCUGGGUCCUCAGGCUUUUGGGGAAGAGGUCAGAGGGAGAGGGAGCCUCCCUGGCCUCCAGGCCUUGGGCCUCACUGCCUUGGUCCUUCAGGAUGGCUGGGCUUCGCCUCACACUCCCCCUUGUUCUGGACUGCCUGGGGCUGAGGGCAUUCCCUCAGGGUCCCUGCCUCUAGUUAGGAUGCCCCUCCAGGCUCGGCCCCGAGAGCAGGAAGGAAGCUGCCCGGGCUUUGGGGGAACUCGCCCCGGGGAGUCCCAUUUAGGAUGUGAGGCUGGCACCUCGAGGCCCCCUCCCCCCCCAUCAAGCCCUUUGCCUUCUCCCUCAUGCCUGCAAUGGCAGGCAGUUGAAGUAAAAGUCUAACUUGGGCCCUUUU